GGGGGGGGGCAAUAUUCUAGUAGCAAACCUGGGAGUCUGUCAGCUUCAAAGUGUGUGUAGAAGUACAGUAUAUAAAAUUUUGUAAAUCAAACCUCCUUUGAGCUUCUAUCCUUAAAUAACGCGGGUGGCAGUUGUGCCCAUAAAGAGAAAGAGAGAGAGAUUGUUUGCUUGUUUGUUUGUUUCUUUAUUAUUCAAUUUCCACCCCACCCUUCCUCUCAAAGAAGCCCAGGGAAACACAUACGGUAACUAAACAGUAUAAUUAGAACUACAGCACAUUCAUCCCUCAAAGGAUUCUGGGUACUGUCAUCUCACAGAGUUAUCAUUCCCAACCACCCUUAACAACCUGCAGGGCCCAGAAUUCUUUGAGGGAAAGAGCAAGUUUUGGAUGUGCUUAGAAGAUACAGCCAAAGUUCUGUAUCAGAGUAGACCAUUAAAAAGGCUAGACUAAGGUUACCAGAUUUCCCCCCAAUGAAUCCAGGGACACUUUUCAACUUCCUACUAAAUAGAUUGAUUUUGUCAGGGGAUUGAUUUGUAAAUCUGGAAACUGUCCCCAGGAAUCAGGGACGUCUGGUACCCUUAGACUAGACCCAAGUUAAUUAACUUCAACAGGUCUCCCCUGAGCAUGACUAAAGUUAGAGGAAACCUACAAUAAACAAAAACAUGUAAAAUACUGAGAAAACGAGAACGUCUAAAAAUGUGUGGAAACAGUCAUUCACAGUUGGUAAUGUCAAGGUUGCCGAGAACAGUAUCUCACAGCCAUGUGAUGCUGGGUGAAUAGGAAUGUUUCAAAAUCCCCCUGAAGUUAAUCCUGAGGGGAAAAGAUGGAUGUCAGCCCAGAGAGCAUUCAAAAAAUGAAGUGUCACCACUGAGAAGGCCCUGUCAUGGAUCAACGCCAACUGAGGCCCAUGUUUGUACUAUACAUUUAAGCACUAUGAAGCCACUGUCAUGGCUUCUCUAAUGAAUCUUGGGAGCUGUGGUUUGUUAAGGGCACUAUUUCCCUCCCAGAGCUACAAUUCCCAGAAUCCCUCAUGGAGAGGGAAUGGUUUUUAACCACUCUGCGAACUGCAUAUUACUUGACUGAUAUAUUAAGACUUUUCAGGCUUUGGUACUCUAGGUCUAAGAACUUUGCCGGUGAAUCUCAUUUUUCAAACCAUCUGAGGCAGGAGAGGACCCCUGGACCGCUGGUUGUAAACCACUGCUGUUCUCCUCAUGGGGUUUGUUCUCCCCAUCUGCUCUCUCCUCCCUGCACAUCCUGCACCUCUGAAAAUCAACAUUUUGAGAUUUAUGACCAGCUGUAAUAAAUCUACAGGGGAGAAAAGGCGCUAGGUGGCAGGGGACAGCUUAUAAAAUGAUUUAGGGUGGGUUGGGGGGCUCCAUCCCAUAGAAUCCUUUGCACCCACUUUAAUUUUCAAAAGAGCUCUUUCCUCACAUUGUAGUGCACAGCAAAUGUGCUGCUGUCGACCUGCUGUAGGCCAUGGUGACCAGUUUAUAAGGACCGGUGUUUACAGGCCAAAAGAGCCUCUGUCCUGUGAGAAGGACGGACUCUGCAGCUUGCAGUUGAUGUCGCGGCUGGAAGGAGGCACUCUGGGAACCCUGAGGAAGGAUUAUGUGCCGGCAAAUUCCUCCCCAAGCAGCCUGAAGGAGAGAAUGUGACGGCACCGGCUCGGCCACCCCUGCCUUGCCUCGCAGCAGGUGGAGCCCUGAGGUGGGGUGUGACCUGGGAAUACAUUCUCUCCAGGGGGCAGAUUCCAGUGGCAGGGAGUGGCUGCGAGCAAGCGGGCGACUGGAGACACGAGAAGGCACCGUGAGGCGGGCAGGAGCGAAUCUGGCACUCAGCUAGCUGGAGACAGAGCUCUCUUGCAGGAAAACGUCUGCCGUUCAAGAUCAGAAAUGUCAACACGGGCCCAACCCAAGUCUCUGGGGCGGCUGAGCCGAGAUGCUACCUGCUGACACGGAACAGGAGGCCUCGGCCUCUGGGCGCAGCGUGGGGGUCAAUGAGGCCAUGGACCAGCCUGACGUCAGCUUCCAGCCCGAGGUCUCGGCCCAGCAGCCGGCCUGCAAGGAGGAGGGGCCCAGCGCUGAGCCCAGCGCCCUCGACUGUGUUAUCUGCUUCACCCCUUACGACCGGCUCUUCCGGCUGCCCAAGGAGCUGAGCUGCGGCCACAUCUUCUGCCUCGAGUGCCUGGCGCGCAUCAACGUCUCUUCCGAGGAUGUCAACGCCCUCACCUGCCCCAUCUGCCGGGCCCCCACGGCCUUCCCCUCCCGCAAGGGGUUGCCGGGCCUCCCCACCCGCAGCGACCUCCUGGAGCAACUCUCUUCCAUGCCCACCGUCCCCCCGGGCUCCGUGCGCUUUGACCGUCGCCGGGGGCUGCUCUACCUGCCGGGCAGGGGCCGAGGCGGCACCCCAGCCGGGCCCAAGCCUGGGACUUCCCUCAACACCGUCAGCCUGAGUGUUGAUGUUGGCAGGCCUGCGCCACCAGGAGCCAACCGCAACCUGGCCCUCUCAGGCUGGCCGUUCUACGUGGCCUUGGCGGUCGCCCUCCUGGUUACCAUCGGCUUAAUUACCUGUGGCAUUUACAUAUUUUUGAUGCCGUCCAUGUACACUGUUUCCAUGGGAGGCCCACAUCACAGUAACCAGAGUCUUGGGCCAGGGCCGAACUUGACCUCCAGCUCAGCACAUGGCUCUGUACCCUAGGGCUAAAGAGGGGCGAAGGAGAAAGGGUCCCGCUUGCCCUCUUCCUGUCUUCCAGUUGCCAUUUGUAGCGGCUGCACCACUUGUAGCCUCCGAUUGCACAGCGGCUGCUUGCCUCGCUCAGAAGCAGGAUACUGGGGGAAUUGCCACGUGUCCAAGACUGGCUGAAGCUGUGGAGGCACUUGCACUUUACCAGCUGAAUUGCUGCUUGAAUGACCGGAAGAAUUCCCACCGCAGCCAUCAGGAGCCACGUUGCCUCAAUAUGGCGUAACAUGCCUUAAGUUGCCAUCUAUAAUCUCGUCGCUGCACUCAGAAGCAGGGCAGUCCAGAGAGAACAAAUCCACCUUCUCAAUGCAAAAUGAGUAAAUGAGUGAAUAGGACUAUUGGGUUGGUCCAAGAAGGCGAUGGCAGAACCGCGAGGUGAUAAGACUUUCUGGAGGAAGGGGAUAAGGGGUUGCCUUUUUGGAAUGCUCUCCUGCAUAAAAACAUACCAACCUGCGUAGUAGGAAAACUAGUUCAGCAGCAGGUGGGUGAAGACACAACCUUUCCCUCCUUGAUGUGCUUGAUUUUUAACUUGGGACAAAGGAAAGCAAAUGAAGAUGGGGACCAUAGGGGCACAAUCCACUCUACCAUCUCUGUGUGUAGAGUUUGCAGCAUAGGCUCUAGAUCUUUGGUGGGGGCUGAGGGUGGGGAAGUUAACUUGGCCAGGGGGCCUCUCCCUGAUCAGCCUCACCUCUCUGUUGCUGCCCAUUCACUCACCCUGCCCAUCACGGCCCUGGAGGAGAGGGUAAGGGGAUUGGAGGUGGCUACUUCUCCUUGGACCAGUCCCUGUUCACUUGCUGGGUGAGGGGGUUCCCAGGGCUUUGGGAGUCAGCAGCGGUGGGGUCCUAGCUAGGGAUGUGGGGCCCCAGCAGAUGCUCAGUAAUGCUGACUCCUUGUACCAGGGCAAUGCGAGUACAGCUCCUAAGGGAUGACCAUUUCUCCAACUUAAUUAACAUGCACAAGGAUGAGGACUUGAGAGCCUAAGUGUGCAUGUUUGAAACUUGACAUCAUGUUGGCUCUCUUGAUUCUCACAUUUGCAACCGCUAGCAAGACAGCCAGCUUGCUUUCUGUGUCUUGAACAGCUGCACGGCCAGCAAAAAUUCAAAUUGCAUAGAUGUGGCGAUACGUUGGUGGUAGUGGCUUCACCUGUUAAAUUUCUACCUGCCACACAGCAAUUAAAGGCACAGGAGCCCUGUGGGGGUGGGGGGCAGCCCAGCACAGGAGGAAGGAUAAUCUGGUUUGGAUUUGGGAUUUCUGUCUCCAUCACAGUCGUCAUAACUUGUUAUUGGACUUAGAGGGCAAAAUGGUUACAGGAGAGACCGACUUGGCUCGUUUUUGUGCCUUUUUAAGAUACAGAAAUAAUCUGGUAAAGCACAGAAAUGAACAUGGUUGGCUGCCAGUUUCCUGCAGAUCAGAUUCCUUCAAUGUCACGCCAGUGGGGGUGCCACUCAAGAAUUGGCAACCUGAUUUCGCACCCACUCAAAUUUAGUGCUCCAGCAAAUUGUUUUCCAUUUUAUAUUUCAUGUCUUGCUAGUCUGCGUUGGGCAGCUGGGCAAGAGCCAACAUGACUUCCUCCCUAAGUGAUGCUGCUGGUCCAAAAACUCAGAUAUUCCUCAAAGACAUAACCAUAUUUUUUUAAAAAUGGAAUCUACUACCAGCACAGGCCCACAGGUUUCUAAAGAACCCCUUGAGGAUUUGUUCUGGAUGGAUGAUAUACUUAUUUUUCUCUCCAUAUGGCUUUCCGUGAGCUGAUCAAACUGAUCUCCACUAACUAGAAACCUUGGGACAAAUACUGGAAGCUUGAUUAUGGACACUUCCCAUUGUUUCCCACGGGACUGAUUGAAGGGACUCCUCAAAUAUUUGUCUCCCCCUCCCUCUUUGUCUCCCCUCCCCCAAAUAAAAUUUGUUUUCCAGAA